AAGGAAGAAAGAAAGAAAGAAAGCAAUCAAGCAACGCAAAGCAAAGCUCGGCGAGAAAAGAAAGAGGUUGAUACCUAAGUAUCUCCGCUCAUUUUCGCCAUUUAAAAACACUAUUCGACUCCUCUCUCUCUCUCUCCCCCUCCUUUAGGGUUUUACUAUUCAUACUCGAACGGCCUCCGUACCAUCGGCAGAUCGAUUGGUGUCUGCAGGGAAGAGCACGGAACUCGGCAAUGGCGUUCUCUUCUCUUCUCAGAUCCGCUGCGACUCCAGCUGCUCUGGACGUCUCCCGCGCUGAGAUCUCGCCGUCGGCCUCCAAGGUGUCUUCUCUGAAUUCUGUAAAGUUUCAGUCAAGCAUCUUUGGUACUGUUGUUCCAGCCAAGUCAUAUUCAUUACAAAAAUGUAAUGCCACGAGCGUACAACCUAUCAAAGCCACUGCUACUCAAAUGCCUCCUACUGUUCAAAAGUCACGAAGCAGUGGGAAGACUAAGAUUGGAAUCAAUGGCUUUGGUCGGAUCGGAAGAUUGGUUUUGCGGAUAGCAACAUCCAGGGAUGACAUUGAUGUUGUAGCUGUUAAUGAUCCUUUUAUUGAUGCCAAGUACAUGGCUUACAUGUUUAAGUAUGAUUCUACACAUGGAGGCUUCAAGGGAACCAUCAAUGUCUCGGAUGAGUCCACUCUUGAGAUCAAUGGGAAGCAGAUUAAAAUUACAAAGAAAAGAGACCCUGCUGAGAUUCCUUGGGGUGAUUAUGGGGCUGAGUACGUGGUUGAAUCUUCUGGGGUUUUCACAACAGUUGAAAAGGCUUCAUUGCAUAAGAAGGGUGGUGCCAAGAAAGUCGUAAUAUCUGCUCCAUCAGCAGAUGCACCAAUGUUUGUGGUUGGAGUGAAUGAGACUACAUACAAACCUAGCAUGGAUAUUGUUUCAAAUGCAAGCUGCACUACCAAUUGUCUGGCUCCCCUUGCCAAGGUGGUUCAUGAAGAAUUUGGCAUUGUAGAGGGUUUGAUGACAACAGUGCACGCAACAACAGCUACACAAAAAACUGUGGAUGGCCCUUCAAUGAAGGAUUGGCGUGGUGGCCGUGGAGCUGGGCAAAAUAUCAUCCCUAGUUCAACUGGUGCUGCAAAGGCUGUUGGAAAAGUUCUUCCAGAGCUUAAUGGGAAACUCACUGGAAUGGCCUUCCGUGUCCCAACUCCUAAUGUUUCUGUUGUGGACUUAACCUGUCGACUUGGGAAGAGUGCGUCUUAUGAAGAUGUAAAAGCAACCAUAAAGUUUGCUUCAGAGGGACCACUGAUAGGCAUUCUUGGAUACACAGAUGAGGAUGUCGUCUCAAAUGAUUUUGUUGGUGACUCAAGGUCAAGUAUAUUUGAUGCUAAGGCUGGGAUGGGUCUGAGUGAUUCAUUUAUGAAGUUGGUUGCGUGGUACGACAAUGAAUGGGGCUACAGCAACCGGGUGCUGGACCUGGUAGAGCACAUGGCACUGGUGGCUGCCAACAACUAAGUGUAUGGACUUGGCAGUUUCAAUUUUCAAAAGCGUGCAACUGAGUUUGGGUUAGAGAGUAGUUAGAUUUGAUAAAAGGAUCAUUUCAGUGGUCGUUGUUGGGCUUCAUGUUAGCCUGAAAGUGGGACCUCAAAAAUAAUGACAAUGCGAUGAGUAUUUGAGUAUGAGCUCAUUUUACUA